AUCAAAAAGCCGUUUAAAAAAAAUUUACUUUCCAUUCAAAUCUCUAGUUAUUAUUCACUAAUUUCCAAUUACUGCCUUUUUCUUGUCUCUCUUCAUUUCCCUUUUACACAGAUUAGAUUCUUCUCUCCUUCCACUCAAACUUGUUCGCUGGCCAUUACUCUCACUUUCCCUUUUGUCUUAAAUUCCCUUAUUCUCUCUCUCUAUAAACUUUCCAAAGCAAUGAAUCAAAAGAAAAAAAAAAAAACAACUGAGUCUCUUUUUGUGAUUCCAUGAUUGAGCUUUUGGCAAACUCAAAAGAUUCUUCCUUCCCCUUCUGGGUUUCCUCUUUCCCUUGUGUUUCUCAAUAAAAUAGAGAGAAAAAAAAAGGGAAAAAUGAAGGCAGCAGCAACAAAGGCAGAGGUUAGCAAAAUGGUUUCAAGUGAGAAAAUGCAGCAGAGAGAGAGAGUUUCAGAGUUGGAAAUUAGGCCAGGAGGAAUGCUGGUUCAAAUGAGGGAUUUUGAUCAAAGUCUCUCAAUUCCCACCAUUAAAGUCAAGGUCAAAUAUGGCUCUUCUUACCAUCAUAUUCAAAUCAGCUCUCAUUCAAGCUUUGGUGAAUUGAAGAAGUUGUUGGCAGAACCAACUGGGUUCCACCCAGAAGAGCAAAAGCUAAUAUACAAAAAGAAAGAGAGGGAUUCAAAGGCCUAUCUAGAUGUGGCAAGAGUCAAAGAUGGCUCCAAAAUUGUGUUGGUUGAAGACACUUUAAGCAGGGAAAGAAGAUGCAUUCAAAUGCUAAAGAAUGCUAAUUUUGAAAAGUCUUCUAAGUUGCUAAAACAAGUGAACUUUGAAGUCAAUAAGCUCUUUCAAGAGGUAAUAUGCAUUGAAGUGAGAGCUUGUAACGAAGGGAGAGUUUCAGAAAAGGAAGUGGAGAAUUUGACUGAAAUGCUUAUGAGAAAACUGAUUGAAUUGGAUGAAAUUGAUGCUGUGGGAGACCUGAGAUUGCAGAGAAGAGAACAGGUGAGGGAAGUUCAAAAGAAAAUUGAAACUCUUGAUAUGAUGAAGCUGCAAUACAUUGAAGGAAACUCAAAUGGUGUUAUUUCCACCAAAAAGGGAAAGCAGAGUUUGGAGCCAAAGCAGAAGCAGAGGCAGAAGGGUGUGAGAAUAUUGAAGGAAGAAGCACUAAGGAAUUCUGAAUCAGUGGUAGUCACAACAAAAUGGGAAACUUUUGAUUAGCAAUAUAUAUCAUCAUCACAUUUAAAAAUAAAAAAAAAAGUAAUAUGUAAAUUAUUAAUUAAAUCAUACAAAACUUAAUACAUAAAGAGAGCUAAAAUA